CCUCAGGCCUUCGGGGUCCACGCGACCAUGGUGACUGCGCUGCGGCUCCCGCGGCCCCCGCGGCUCCUGGGCUUCCUGGGGCUUCUGCUCCUGGCCGGGGCCGACGCUCAGGGUGUGGCCGGGGACGAGGCGCGGGAGACGGCGGCCGUGCGAGCGCUCGCGGUCCGCCUGCUGGGGCCCGAGCCCGCGGCCGCCUUCGCGCUGUCAGUGGAGCGCGCCCUGGCGGCCGAGCCUGGCACCGACGUCUUCUUGCUCGGCGGCGGCGGCGGCGGCGCGCCAGUGCGCGUGCGCGGCUCCUCGGGCGUGGCGGUGGCGGCCGGGCUGCACCGCUACCUGCGCGACUUCUGCGGGUGCCACGUGGCCUGGUCAAGCGUCCAGCUGCGCCUGCCGAGCCCGCUGCCCGCGGUGCCCGGGGAGCUGAGCGAGGCCUCGCCCUACAGGUACCGCUACUACCAGAACGUGUGCACACAGAGCUAUUCCUUCGUCUGGUGGGACUGGCCGCGCUGGGAGCGGGAGAUUGACUGGAUGGCGCUGAACGGCAUCAACCUGGCCCUGGCCUGGAGCGGCCAGGAGGCCAUCUGGCAGCGGGUGUACCUUGCCCUGGGCCUGACCCAGGCAGAGAUCGAUGAGCACUUCACCGGCCCAGCCUUCCUGGCCUGGGGGCGCAUGGGCAACCUGCACAGCUGGGGCGGCCCCCUACCCAGAGCCUGGCACCUCAAGCAGCUCUACCUGCAGCACCGGAUCCUGGACCGCAUGCGUGCGCUGGGCAUGACCCCUGUGCUUCCCGCGUUUGCUGGGCACGUCCCCAAGGCCAUCACCAGGGUGUUCCCACAGGUCAAUGUCACCCAGCUGGGCAGUUGGGGACACUUCAACUGCUCCUACUCCUGCUCCUUCCUUCUGGCUCCGGGAGACCCCCUUUUCCCUCUCAUUGGGAGCCUCUUCUUGCGGGAGCUGAGCAGGGAGUUCGACACAAACCACAUCUAUGGGGCCGACAUUUUCAACGAGAUGCAGCCGCCCUCCUCCGACCCUGCCUACCUGGCAGCUGCUACUGCUGCUGUGUUCGAGGCCAUGGCUGCAGUGGACUCUGAUGCUGUGUGGCUGCUCCAAGGCUGGCUUUUCCAGCACCAGCCUGAGUUCUGGGGCCCGGCCCAGGUGGCGGCAGUGCUGGGGGCUGUUCCGCAGGGCCGCCUGCUGGUUCUGGACCUGUUCGCCGAGAACCAGCCUAUCUACACCCGCACAGCCUCCUUUCGAGGGCAGCCCUUCAUCUGGUGUAUGCUGCACAACUUUGGUGGCAACCAUGGCCUCUUUGGAGCCCUGGAGAUGGUGAACCAGGGCCCCUCGGCUGCCCGCCUCUUCCCCAACUCCACCAUGGUGGGCACAGGCAUCGCGCCGGAGGGCAUCGGCCAGAAUGAGGUGGUCUACGCACUCAUGGCAGAGCUGGGCUGGCGGAAGGACCCCGUGCCCGAUCUGUCAGCCUGGGUGAGCCGCUUCGCAGAGCGGCGGUACGGGGCGGCCCAGCCAGAGGCCAGCAUGGCCUGGAGACUGCUGCUGCGCAGUGUCUACAACUGUACUGGUGAGGCCUGCCGUGGCCACAACCGCAGCCCGCUGGUCCGGCGGCCAUCCCUGCAGAUGAACCCCACUGUCUGGUACAACCGAUCCGAUGUAUUUGAGGCCUGGCGUCUGCUGCUCAAAGCCUCACCCAACCUGACCGCCAGCUCGGCCUUCCGCUAUGACCUACUGGAUGUCACCCGGCAGGCGCUGCAGGAGCUGGUCAGCUUGUACUACGAGGAGGUGCGGGCGGCCUACCUACACCAGGAGCUGGUUGGUCUGCUGAGGGCUGGGGGUGUCCUGGCCUACAAGCUCUUGCCCAUGCUGGACGAGGUGCUGGCCAGUGACCAGCACUUCCUGCUGGGCAGCUGGCUGGAGCAGGCCCGGGCAGUGGCCACAAGUGAGGCUGAGGCUGAUCUGUAUGAGCGGAACGGACGCUACCAGCUGACCUUGUGGGGGCCGGAAGGCAACAUCCUGGACUAUGCCAACAAGCAGCUGGCAGGGCUGGUGGCCCACUACUACACACCCCGCUGGCAGCUCUUCGUUGAGUCACUGGCUGACAGCCUGGCCAGGGGUGUCCCUUUCCAGCAGCACCAGUUCGAGAGGGACAUCUUCCAGCUGGAACAGGCCUUUGUCCUGAGCAGCCGGAAGUACCAAAGCCAUCCCCAAGGCGACACCGUGGACCUGGCCAGGAAGGUCUUCCUCAGGUUCGGCCCCCGGAGGGUGGCUGGCAGCAGCUGACAAUGACACCACAGGGCCAUGUUUCCCUGGACUCCACACAGAGCUGGACCAGCAUCUCGGGGAGCUCAGGCCUGGGGGAAGGGACCAAGGUCUGGCUCUGCAGGCCAGGUGGCUAGGGGGUGGGGAAUGAGCCACUCUCCACCGCCACAAAG